AUGGAAACCCAGCCACGCUUCAAAUUACACAUACAGGAUGACGAAGAACGACCGGAAAAUUGGGGACUGUACAGUUCACUGGCCAUGUUAUACGAAGCCAAGCUUUUCCAUCUCACUGGCUUGCAAGAGCUCAGUAGGGAGACGAUGCAGGUGUAUUGGGCCAUACGCAAUCUCUCUUCUCUGAAAGAUUCCGCGAUUCACUUAACUCGGAAAGUUGAAUUCCCCUCGUGGAGUGACAUGCUGGAGAGGAUUGCAACUCGGUUUGAGAGCCGAGUGCCUUGGGACUUGUUGGGAGCUACCGUGGCCCUUCAUGUUGGGGAAUUGACUCAUCCACUCCCGGAGAUCCCUCUUGAAUUCGUCAGAUCUGGCAAGCCGAAACUGUCCAUAUUCAUGCUCUUCGCGAACGCUGUCAUAUUCCACAUCAACAUGUUCAUGCGAGAUCUUCCGCGGGGCUUGCCCUUUUAUAACCUACUCUCCGAUCGAUUGCGAGUUAACUUAGAGGCUGUCGACCUAGUAUAUCUGCAUAAGGAGUAUCCUGAAAUGAUACUUUGGAUUCUGCUGAUGGGUGGUUUGGGGAGCUCGGGCACUCCUAAUCGUCGAUGGUACGCUAAACUUUUCGCUGGGAUCUGUGUAUCUUCGGGGCUACGAGGAGGGAAUGCAAUUUCGCAUGCAUUGGCCGGGUUCCUCUGGACUGAAUUAUAUCGGACGCCGGUGACUAGCGGGUUCUGGAAUGAUGUUGCUAGGGCUCAGGGAAUUGAGGGAGGCUACGACGUAAGGACACUCACAGCGCAUGUCUCAGUGGCUGUUUUUAAUGCACCCCCGGAUAUGUCAGAAUAA